AUGGAUAAUAGUCAUUUUUGCCUGUAUCCGGUAUACAUUGACAGCAUGAAGUCGGCAUCUGAAGGCAGGAAGUAUGGGAUUGGUGUGUGUGUUCCAGCACCGAAGUGGCAUGAAAUAAAAAGUGCUCUGUGCAAGCUUGAUAUUGAGCAUGUUUCUGAGCCAGGAAGCAAGCAUCCAAGGGACUUUCUCAAUCCAGGAAGAUUUCGCAUCGAUAAGAAGUACGGCAAGAAAUUUGUUGUUGAGGGAUUGAGUACUACAAUACUGGAGGAAAGAAAUAGCACCCAGAAGCAGCCUGGAGCUCGCCAGGGACAUUCCAAGGCAUCGAAAGGCAUUGUUCAAAACGGAAUUUACGUUGAGAACAAACUCAAUCUAGUCAGGAAGAAGAAGGAAAAGAAGAAGAGGCAAUGA